AGUAGAUGGUUUGCUUAUGAAACAAUGAGAUUUUUAGAUGACAGGGAUAAACCACGAAAACGAGUAAACACAGAACAAAUUACGGCUGAAACCUCAGACGAUGAAGACAUUAAUGUUGCUGAUGACGAUGAUUCCAACCAAUGCACAAUUCAAGCAUCAAUACCGCAACCAUCAUCACCACAACCAUUAACGCCACAAACACCAAUAAUACAACCAUUAACGCCACAAACACCAAUAAGACAACCAUUAACGCCACAAAUGCCAAUAAGACAUCAACCACAAACGCCACAACCAUCAACAUCUCAAGCACCAGCAUCACGAAAAAGAAAAAGGGGAGGAAACAAUGAUAACAGCAUAAUGUCAGAAUGUUUGGAUAUCAUGAGAAAUGCUUCAACCCGUCUUAACCAACCAAAUAGUAAUUCAUCAUUGAUAUCAAUUGUGGGAAAUCUUUUUAUGGGCAAAAUGCAUACUUAUAGUAUGCAAACACGGCAUUGGGUUGAACGUGAAUUAUUUAACAUUUUGGUAAAAGCUGAUCAAGAUGCAUAUCAAAUGAUGAAAGAUGAAUUGGUUUCAAUGACAAAAGACAACAAUGGCACUGAACCUGAAUUACAACUAUUAUUCCAAUUGAAAAAGGACAAGAUAGAAGACGGUACAAUUUUCAAAGAGUCAAUGAAGUAG